AUGUCAACCGGUACGCAUGAAGAGCUGCACGCAGAGCUUGCUACAGCAUCAGUCGAGGAGUUCUUCGAUCAAAACACCUCAGUUCAAGUCGUUAUAUUGCAAUGGGUCGAUAUUUGUGGCAUUUCAAGAACCAGAUUACUCCCUGCUUCACGAUUCAGGAACCUCGUCAAAUCUAGCGGUCAUCUUGAAUGUGCACCUUUGGAUACACUCGUACCUACAACCGCUGAAUUCAUCCCUCAAUUAUUCACCUUUUUCAACGGGAAGGGAAUGAUACACCCCGAUGUUUCCUCGAUCCGAACUAUGAAGCAUGAUGCAUCUGGAAUCGGCAACGCAGCUCGAUGCGUUGGUACUGUGGACUUUCAGAAUACCGAUGCCCGACUUCUCUUGAAACGCAUCGUAGAAAGGGCUGAAGACUCUCACGGUUUGACGUUCCUUGUUGGCAUUGAAUUGGAAUUCUGUCUUCUCGUUCCAGGAACUCUAGAAGCUGCUCAGCCUGCAAAGCCGGGAGUGGCUGGUACUUUCGGUACCCUGCGAUCUAGAGUCUGGCCCAUACUAAACGAAAUAAUUGUUGCUUUUAGCGAAGCAGGGGUUGAAGUUGAGCAGGUGAUCAAAGAGUACGGUACAUCGGCCUAUGAAGUUGCCCUCCCUCCUCUUCCUCCCAUUGAAGCCGUGGACACUUAUUACUACGCCAAAGAGCUGAUCCAGAAUGUGGCACACAAGUAUGGGAUUCUUGCCACUUUCUAUCCGACUCCAUAUGACGGAGAACAGGGCCAGAAGAGCGGACAGCACAUUCACAUCUCGGCAACCCCGACGGAAGAAAAUAAAGACUGGAACCCGGAUGACGCCAUGGCAGGCAUUUUGAGUCAUAUCCCUGCACUCAUGGCAUUGGGAAUGUGCCAGGUUGAUUCCUAUGUGAGAGUCAAUAUCGGGAGAAUGUGCACUGGCGGUCUUGUGGGCUGGGGUGAUAACAAUCGUGACAUGCCUGUUAGAAGAGUGGCCAAGAACCACUGGGAGAUCCGUGUCAAUGACGCUACAUCCAACUCAUAUGCCAUGGUCGCGGGAAUCAUUGGUGCUGCGCUCGACUCCAAGCCGCUUACAAUUGGAAAUGCGGCUGGAUUUACAUUGAUGUAUUCCGAUGAAGAAAGAGAGAAGAUGGGAUUAACCAAGCUUCAACCGACUUCUCUUGAGGCUGCACUGGAUGAGCUGGAAGAUGACAGAGCCUGGGCGAAUAGUGUUCUUGGUGAAGAGUAUAUCGACUGGUUCCUUCCCCUGAAGCGGGCAGAGAUGAAAACCGUUUCGAAGAUGGAGACCAGGGAGCGAAGAAUUCAUAUGCUUAGCUUCUUCUAA